AUGAGAGAAAGAGAUCAUCCCAGGGCUCAGCCGUACAAGUUUCGGGAGUACCACCCACUCAAAGCCUCCUUGGAAGAGGCAUUCACGCAAGCCAACACAAAAGAAGCAUUUUGUAGACGUAUAGUCCUGAAAAACGAACAGGAUGCACGACGCCAAGGACGAUACUGUCGAUACCACAGGACGAUGGGCCAUGAUACUGAUAACUGCCAAGACUUAAAAGAGGAAGUUGAAUCAUUAAUUUGGCGAGGUCGGUUACAAGAGUUUGUUGCCAAGCCAAAACAAGCAGAUCGACCUACGGUGCAGCAGCCACAGUUGCAGGGGGCCCCCACACCAACCCAACAGGUGAUCCCCAGCCGUAACCCACCUCCACAUGCCGAAAUCAAAAUGAUGGUGGGCGAAAAUCAGUAUAUUGAAGGAUCCAGAAGGGCCAGGCGAAGGCAAGCCCGAAGUGCAAAAACCGUACCGAACUACUGGAAUCAAAUCCCUAGGACCGGCAUUGACCCCGAAUUGUUCUGGUUCAUGGAAGAAGAUUCUGAAGGAAUCCUCCAAGACCAAAGUGACGCCCCGGUGAUCACAAUGAUGGUCGCCGGAGUGAAAGCCCACCGCACUCUAGUGGACAAUGGAAGUUCGGGAUUUUCUGGGGAUCCUAUCAAAACCCUAGGUCAGAUAGUCCUUAGUGUGGAGCUGGGCGAAGCUCCUCACCAAAGAAGAAUCUUAGCGGAUUUUGUGGUGGUCGAUUUACCGUCCAAUUACAAUGCAAUAUUGGGACAGCCCAUUUUGCACGAACUAAAGGCUACCAUGUCAAUUUAUUAUUAUUGUGUGAAAUUCCCCACCCCUUACGGGACUGGAAUUAUCCAAGGGGUUCAAGCUGCUGCAAGGGCCUGCAACGUCGACCUGCCAAGACCCCAAGUCAACAUGCUGAGGAAUAAGACAAACACAUAA